GUAAAAUUACCGGAACAGAACAGCGACUGGAGGUUAGGUGUAGCUGGCACGUAGCUUUCUAGGUAAACGCUAAAAAAUGUAACGAAGAUGCAUCGAAACGCCGCAAUCCCUUUCAGACAGCAUUGUUGACAUGUACUUGCUUUUAGGGCAAAUAACAUGCGUACGUUAAUUUAGUUUGGUCAACAUGAUGAUAGCUCGUUACCUGUUCAAUUCAGCACCUUGUAACAAGAGUACCGAGCUUGCUAGCAGUGUGUCAGAGAGAACUAGGAUAGCUAGGUUGGCUAACUUUUCCAUGCAUAAAUUAGACCAUCUCGCUAACUAGCUUGCUAUCAAAUGUUCAAACAGCCUAGUUCGUUUGUUAUACUACUGUUACCCUGAUGUACGUUAAUGUGCUUAUGUUUGAUAGACGAACUAGAUGAUUUGGUUUUAUGCAAUGGGAUUAUGUCAGACUUAGUGAACGUUAAACGUUAUAUAUUGGGAAAUUGGGAAGAAGCUUGCUAAACAGCUAGCUGGAUAUUGAAGAGCAGUAAUCAGCUAGCUAAUGUUUGGUGAUCGAAUGAAGCUUCAUUUGUGAAACCAGGCCAGAGAAAUAUUUAAGCAUAAUGCAUUGGGCAGCUAACUUUGGCUUGUCCACGUUGAGUGUAAUUGAGUGUAUUUGAUGAAGCAUUUGAUGUUUGAGAUAACAAGGUGCUUAAUUGAAACAACAGGUAGCUAAGUUCACGUUACACCAUUGUGAUACUGAAAUUACAAUGGCAAGCGCUAUAGCAUCAAAAAUGGGACUGUCUUUGCGAAGAAAGCAACCCAAGACAUUUAACGUUCAAAUAGCGACCAUGGACGCAGAUAUGGAAUUCAGCUGCGAGGUCAAAUGGAAAGGGAAAGACCUUUUUGAUCGGGUUUGUAGGACCAUAGGCUUGAGGGAAACCUGGUUCUUUGGCCUGCAGUACAGCGUCAAAGACAGCGUGGCCUGGCUCAAGAUGGACAAAAAGGUCCUGGACCACGACAUGCCUAAAGAAGAACCCAUCAUGCUGUACUUCCUGGCCAAGUUUUACCCUGAGACCGCAGAGGAGGAGCUGGUCCAAGACAUCACCCAACACCUUUUUUUCCUGCAGGUGAAGAGGAAGAUCCUGGAGGAGGAAAUCUACUGUCCCCCUGAAGCGUCCGUGCUCCUAGCCUCCUACGCCGUCCAAGCAAAGUAUGGGGAUUAUGACCCUAACGUUCACAAACCAGGCUUCUUGGCUCAGGAGGAACUUCUACCAAAGAGGGUGAUCAACCUGUACCAGAUGACUCCGGAGAUGUGGGAGGAGAGGAUCACGGCCUGCUACGCCGAACACCGCGGGAGAACCAGGGAUGAAGCGGAGAUGGAGUACUUGAAAAUUGCUCAGGACCUGGAGAUGUAUGGGGUCAAUUACUUCUUCAUUAGGAAUAAAAAGGGAACCAACCUGUUGCUGGGUGUGGAUGCAGUGGGAUUGCAUAUCUACGACCCAGACAACAAACUCACCCCCAAAAUCUCCUUCCUCUGGAACGAAAUCCGCAACAUCUCCUACAGCGAUAAAGAGUUUGCCAUUAAGCCCCUGGAUAAGAAGACAAACGUGUUCAAGUUCAACUCCUCCAAGCUCCGGGUAAACAAGCUGAUCCUGCAGCUGUGCAUUGGGAACCAUGACUUGUUCAUGAGGAGGCGGCGUGUGGACUCCCUGGAGGUGCAGCAGAUGAAGACGCAGGCGCGCGAGGAGAGGGCCCGCAAACAGGUGGAUCGUCAGCGUCUGGAGCGAGAGAAGCAGCUGCGUGAGGAGGCGGAGCGAGCGCGUGACGAGCUGGAGAGACGUCUGCUUCAGCUGCAGGACGACGCCCACAUGGCCAACGACGCCCUGCUGCGCUCGGAGGAGACGGCAGACCUGCUGGCGGAGAAGGCCCAGAUUGCCGAGGAGGAGGCCAAGCUGCUGGCCCAGAAGGCGGCCGAGGCCGAGCAGGAGAUCCAGCGCGUCAAGGUGACGGCCAUCCGCACCGAGGAGGAGAGGAGGCUCAUGGAGCAGAAGAUGCUCGAGGCCGAGAUGAUGGCCCUCAAGAUGGCCGAGGAGUCAGAGAGGAGGGCUAAAGAGGCGGACCAGUUAAAGCAGGACCUCCACAAGGCUCGAGAGUCCGAGCGACGGGCCAAGAACAAGUUGCUGGAGAUCACCAGCCGGUCCCCCUACACGGUAAACACACAGCCAGUCAGCACGCCCCAUCAGACCCCACCAGGGACAGAGCAGCAUCAGCCGCUGCCGCUGUCUGCCAACGCCAUGCCCCCCGACAUCCCCAGCUUCAACUUCAGCACAGAGAACCUCAGCUUCGACUUCAAAGACACCGACAUGAAACGCCUGUCAAUGGAGAUCGAGAAGGAGAAGGUGGAGUACAUGGAGAAGAGCAAGCACCUGCAGGUGCAGCUGAACGAGCUGAAGACGGAGAUCGAGUCACUGAAGCUGCGGGAGCGCGAGACGCCCCUGGACAUCCUGCACAACGAGAACGCCGACAAGGGCAACAGCAAGCAGAGCAACUUCAAGAAGCUCACAUUACAAAGCACCAAAUCCAGAGUGGCCUGCUUCGAGGAGCUGUAGCUGAGUGGACCCUGAUGGAAGUGUGUAGUGUGUAGAGUGUGUGUGUGUGUGUGUGUGUGUGUGUGUGUGUGUGUGUGUGUGUGUGUGAACAUGUGAGUGAGAAAAGCUAUUGUGAGUGUGUGUGCUUGUGGCAUUGUGUUCCCUAGGAAACGGGCACAGUUGUCCAUUUAAGCACACUUUUAGGACCACACUAACAGGCAAGACUAAUCUAAACCACCUUGAUGAGACACUGACUAACUGCUGCUGCUGCUGCUGCUGCUGCAUGAGCCACAGUCCUCAUGAAUGUCUGCUGCGGUAGCGUUUACAUGCGUCCAGCACACCUCAGUGCCUGUACAAGGGAAAUCACUACUAGGCCCUGGCAAAGCCGUUCCAUUCCAUUAGUCCAGGCAAAUGCACUACGUUCCAGCCGCCCGGCCGCUCAGCCCAGCCAGAGGCGGAGACGGAGGCGGUGAAGCCGUCUGAACGACCAGCUGUGAGGCACUCGGCUGCACGGUGACCAUGCCGACAGGGAAGCUACACCGGGUGCGUAACUGAAGCGCUGCGUUCGCGACGCUCAAAAGCAAUUUUAGAAGAAGUCUUUUUUUUUUUUUUGGAACGUACGUGCCGCUGUCAGGUGUGUUGUAGCUACUUUCAUUGAUUAGAAUGGAAGGUAAAUAGUUGCAGCAGACGCUACGCGAACGGAACGUUUCAGUCACACACCAGGUAUAGCUUCGCUGUGCGGGAAAGGGCAUGGAACACGCCUCCUUGCACCUAACCCAACCCCCCCCCCCCCAUUCCUUCAGUCCACCAGAAAAUGUGCAGCUCUGGUGGGUGAUUUCCAUGCCUUAAUUGUAGGGCUUACAUUACAGGGAAAGUGACUCUAUGUCUAAUGCUGUUGAUUUUCUUUUUUUGUGUGUAUCUUGGGAUAGCUGAGAUGAAAUCUUAAUCAUGUUUUUUUUUAUGAGGUUGAGGAUUUUUUGGUUUUAGUUCUUUAGUUAGUGUUCAUUGCUUAAUGACUUUGUGACAGUUGAAGUGGUGUCUAGAAGAUUUGUGUAUAAAUAAAAGAACAUUGCUGUUUUUUUUAGAUGAAUAAAUGGACUUUAGAUCAA